AUCCACGACGAAUUUCUGGGCAUAGCGCUUGAGGUUCUUCCUCUUGAUGGAGCAGAAGCUGGGCGGGAAGCAGCCCUCGGCCAGCAGGCGGUAAAUGUCCUCGAAUUUGCUGCUGGGGACGCACGGUUCGGCCGCCACCACCACCUCCUCCUCGGCCACUUGCAGCGAGGACUCCAUGGCCGCCGUAGGGGCCCGGGCCGGGCGCGCGCCCGACACCCCCCUCCCCCCCCGCGCGCGCCCGAGGACAGAGGGAGGGGGCGCGGCCACGCGGCGCAGGGACCGUCUGCAAAGAGCCGCCCCGUCGGUGCGCGCCUGGAAGCGCGGCCAGCGCCUUGCCGUGGCCGUGAGGGCGCUGCGGGAGCGGGGCUGCGGCAGCGAGGAGCAGAUGGCGGCCGUGCUGCGGGAGAUUGAAGCAGAAGUGCAGAGAAGAAAACAGCUGGUUCAUCAGUCAGCAGAACGCAAAGCCAUCAUCUCACAGUGUUACAAACGAAAACACUCAGAAGUGUACACUCUUCAGGAUUCAUUUCUUGCCCCAGAUUUUCUAGACAUGGUUAGAUACUGCAUAUCACCGGAUGCUAAUCUCCAUGGCCUCCUGCGCUACACCGAGUCCUUCUCAGAUAAGCGGAUCUAUCGACUCCCAGUAUUCACGGAGGAGUUCUGCCAAGCCUUUAUUGAGGAGCUGGAGAACUUUGAGCAGUCGGACAUGCCUAGAGGCCGGCCCAACAGCAUGAAUAACUAUGGGGUUUUGCUCAAUGAGCUAGGGAUGGAUGAAAAUUUCAUCACACCCCUGCGUGAAAAAUACCUGCGUCCCAUCACAGCCCUGCUUUAUCCUGACUUGGGGGGUGCUUGUCUGGACAGCCAUAAAGCAUUUGUUGUCAAGUACUCGCUGCAUGAAGAUCUGGAUCUGAGCUCUCAUUAUGACAAUGCAGAAGUCACCCUAAAUGUUUCACUGGGAAAAGACUUCACGGAAGGCAAUUUGUACUUCGGGGAUUUCAGACAGGAUCCUUCCCCUGUGCCAAAUUACAUAGAGGUGGAACACGUGAGAACUCAGGGGCUGUUGCACCGAGGAGGGCAGAUCCACGGGGCGCUUCCCAUUGCCUCGGGGGAACGCUGGAACCUCAUCAUUUGGAUGAGAUCAUCAGCCAUCCGCAACCAGCUGUGUCCCAUGUGCAACCAGAAACCCCAGCUGGUGGAGGCAGAGGGGUUUGGAGACGGGUUCACAGAAACCUGCCAAGAAGAUGUGCCUGAGACCGUGGAUCUCUGCUCGGUGUGGUAGCAGGUGGUGGGGCAUGCCUGCUGCAGAACAGAUUGCCUCCAGCUUUCCUUCUGCCUUCUCGGGCCGCUUUAACGGUGGGUGGAUGUUGAGUCAUUUAAAAGGGAGCCGUCGCCUUGGGACGUGACAGAAAACCGGUCCUGCUGGGAAGCCAGCUGCUCCUACUGCUGCUGCUGGGGCUGGCGAGGGCACAGCCACACCGCAGUGCUGGAGGAGCGCGGAGAUGCGCAAAACCCCCGCACCGAUUCACUACAGACUGCGCCAAUACGUUCAGGCGUGCAGGACAAGACCCGGCGCUGCUUUUCCUCUGCGCAGACCUCUGUGCCGGCGGGCGGUGCGCUCCCUCUGUACGUGAAAAAGAGCAGUGCAAUAAAUCCCCUCGUGCCCCGC